AUGGGAAAACCUAUAAAGAUCUGGAAAGCCAAAGAGGAUGCCUACAGGAAUGGAGACAGAAACUUGUACAAUAAGGCCAGGAACACACUGACAAAGGAGAUCAGAGUGGAUAAGAGGAGCUACUCUAAAAAGCUGGAAAACCAGUUUUCAGCAAACGACCCUGCUUCAGUGUGGAAAGGACUGAAAGACAUCACAAACUACAAGACUCCAUCCCCCUGCACUAAGGAGAAUCAACAACUUGCUGAAGACUUGAAUGAGUUUUUCUGCAGGUUUGAAACUCCAGGUCUUCUGGAAAGAGAAGAGAAAGCACCAGGCCCAGAUGGUGUUACACCAGCCUGUCUGAAAGCCUGUGCUGACCUGCUGGCCUCCAUCUUCAGCAGUUCACUGGAGCUGUGCGAAAGACUGUUGUUGGCCCACCUGAAGGACAUCACUGGACCCUCGCUGGACCCCCUACAGUCUGUGGAUGAUGCAGUCAACAUGGGACUGCAUUAUAUCCUACAACAUCUGGUCAUACCAGGGACUUAUACGACUGUCAUCGGCCUCAUCCAGGACGGUGAUGAGUCUGCAUAUAGAAGCGAGGUUGAGCAGCUGGCUCUGAAGAGUAGAGGUGAAGUCAAAGGGCAAGUUAAUGUGGUCUCCACAUCCAACCUCACUGGAUCCCAACAGACAGUAAUUCAAAACUCUUUCAGUAAUGAAGACGGUCCUGCUGGAGAAGAUACUGGAGAGAAGACGGCCGUGUCUAUACAGACAGCAGCUGGCCAUACAUUCACACAAACAGCAGGUCAGUUCUACGUGAUGAUGACUCCUUCAGAUGUUCUGCAUUCUGCCUCUCAGCAGACUAUAGCUCCAUGCACACAUAUGUACACUGUGAAAAUGGACAGUCCGCUGCGCACUCCUAGAGACGAGAGGAGAAGAGCACAACAUAAUGAAGUUGAAAGGCGACGGCGAGACAAAAUCAACAACUGGAUUGUGGCGCUCUCAAAAAUCAUCCCAGACUGCAGCAUAGAUGGCACCAAGAUUGGAGGGAGUAAAGGUGGGAUCCUGUCAAAGGCGUGUGAUUACAUUGGCGAGCUGAAGCAACAUAACCAGUGGCUGCAGGAGAGUUUGAGAGGAGUGGAGAGAGUGCAGAUGGACAAUGAGCUGCUCAGACAGCAGUUAGAGGAGCUCGAGAGCGAGAAUGCCCUUCUGCAAGCACUGCUGGACCAUCAUGGCAUUGACACGAUCACAGACGCCUCGGCACAAUGAGCCUCAGGCAUUCUGGGAAAGAGAUUCUGGCCAAUCCAGAUGAAAAAAGGCCCUCAGAGAAUGACAUCGACUGAAGUGGGCCGAAUGACACACGCUGGCUUGUGCUCAAGAGUCUGUCUCAGUGACUGGAUCAUCUUCAGCGCUAGAUGUCUGAUAUAGUCUGAUAUAGUCACACUUGCUGCAGAUGAGGUCAAAGGUCAAGAAGAUUCCAUUAGAACCAACACCAGGAGCCCAUAAUCCUAAAAGGGGCUAUUUAUUCUUCCUAACUAACUUCCAACUAAACAGUGAAAUAUAGUUUAGACAGCUUUCAUUAUGUUUUUUUUGUUUUGUUUGUUUUCUCCGCUCUAUAAUAUACCCCAGAAAUUUUCCUUUUGCUUUUCCUAAUUUUCCAGCUUUGUUGCUUUCAAUUUUGUCUUCAUGCUUUACUUGAAGUAUUAGUUGUUUGUUCAAUGCUUCCCUUAAUUUAAAAUUCUCCCGGAGAAAAUCUGCCGCUUUGUGGUGUUUCGGAAGGUCGUUACGGGAUGAAUGAAGCCGUGAUGAAAUGUCAUUAGCGGUUCCAGUGAGAUUUAGUGUUAAAAUCAGAACAAAAGCACCUGCACGUACUGAAAAUCCACUGAAAGAAAGCUCUGAUGCAAGAAAAUGAGCUCUGUCUGGGAUUAUUAGCUUCUUAUCUCGGAUCGCCUCCGGAAGACUGUUCGGAAAGCAUCUCAGAAGCAAAUGAGAAAAUGUUCACAAAGCUGUCGAGGAUGCUUUGGAGCUAAAUG